AUGUGUAUCUCAUCCUACAUGUUAAUUCUCUCUCUCUCUCUUUUUUCUCAAGGUUUUCUACUCUCUGUUUCAAAAUCUCUGCAAGAGGUAGAAGAUGAAGAUAUGUUGCUAACCACACUAAAUCUAGGAAAAACUCUUCAAAAUGGAGAUAGAGCUAUGAAGAGAGGAGCUAUACCUUUGCUGAAGCAUUACAAGACAGAAGACAGCAUUGUCUUCAAUGAAAAGAAUGAUGGAAACAUGAAGUUUUUGGACACAGGUUCCAGACGUGAUUUCUUAAAUCACGUUAGGCCAAUCAACUUAGGUAGAAAACAGCUACUGAAGGGAGCCAUGGCUUUUCCAGCUGAUGCUGAAAUUCGAAAUAUUGGGUCAAUACAGGAAAGAGAAACCACAGAUGAAGAAAAUUCAGCUAAAUUCCCUAUAGGAAGAAGAGAUUUUGACAUACUCAGGUGUAUGCUGGGAAGAGUCUAUCGACCUUGUUGGCAAGCAUGA